AUGCAAGUUUUCCUAAAAUGCAAAUCGGAUAGGGCAACGAAUAUGUUCAAAGUCAAUAAAUGCAUAUGGCUCAAGUGGUUCGUUUGGAUGGAUCAUGUUGAUUUGAAAUUUACUCGGUUCGAGAGGAUUGAUUGGUUAAAAUUACUGGGAUGUCGCUUCAAGCUUGGGACAGAUCAUACUUUGAGACUGUCGUCGGGUGUUUCGGGAUGGUCAACAUCAGUCCCUUUUGGAACAGUCACGAUGUGUCUUACGGAAUUUGUUACAGAACCGGUGUCGGACUUCGACGAUGGUCUUGAUUAUGUAGAUGGUGUCUCUGAUACAUGGCAACCAUAUGAUGUGGAAAUUGAAAAAGGUGAAUUCAAUCCUAAUGGCAGUGGCUAUGUAAGCAUUGAUGCAAAUGUUUUUUUCGUCGGAGCAUCAGGCUACGGAUCGUCCGGCGGCUGA